AUGAACCAAGAUCAAUAUGCCUGGGCCGCUCCCCCGCCGAGUUAUCACGAUUUUACUGGAACAGGCGCCGGGGCUUCAAGACCCCCAGCUUCCCGGACUGAGCACCCUGUCGAUACCAAGGAAGAUUUCCAGGACGCCGGAAGUGCAGCAGGCCUUCCACAGCUACCCGGUUAUUCGACGUACACCGUUGAGUUCGCAAAGGGCAGUUUUCACAUGGACUAUCUCAUCAAAGACGACGCGGAUAAACCCUUCCUAUACGUCGAUAAUAAAGCUUUCCCAUCUACAUUUCGUGGCGGGAGACCGGAUGUUAUAGUACACGAAGGUGGUGACAAUACUGGCCCUAUAGUAUUCGCAUCCCGGAGUAACAUCAUUGGAAACUGCCAUGAGCUAUGCUUCGGUGACCCAGCCAUUAGUUCUCGAUUUACCGAAUUGAAAUUGAAAAACUGGGUCUCCCUGACAACGACAUGGUCGCCUCCUGAUAGCGAGAAGAAAUAUAAGUUUGAGCGAAUGUACGGGAAAGAAGCUGAAGCGCUUGGAGGACGAAAAACGAGCCUUCUUAGUCUCAAGCUCACGGAUGUCGAAAACGGUGAAAUAAUGGCAACAUACCUAAAUGACGGAUUUCAAACCUGGAGAAAAGCCGGAACCUACCAAAUCAAACAUAAUCCAGCUAUAGGAGAUGAAUGGGACAAGUGGGUGAUAUGCGUCUGUGGGGUUUUGACGGAGAAGGAACGCAGGUCUAGAAGAUGGAGGUCUCACGGCGGUGGUGGCGGACCGUAA